CCGCUCAACAGCUUGCCAACAACCGGCAAAACAAACGGUUCGUCAGUUGCUCUACAAGAUUCGAAUAGGUGGCAAGUGGAUCCCGCGUCGUCUCGCAUCACAAAAUCAGAUACAGAUACAUUUUUCCGCUCGGAGAAUUCGCCAGCGUACGAAAAAGUUCGUUACUUUCGAAUGGUUGUGCGGUGAUAUCACUUGGUGACGUCACAUCUGCUUAAUUUGUUGCUCGACACAUCAGCACAGAAUUUCGCGAGAAACGUGAAUAAUCGCGGAUUACGUUCUGGGAGAUUGUCAACCCGUGGAGUGACCAGAUAUUACGUUGGGGUGCAGUGGGACGGUGUCUGCUGAAAGUCGUGAUUCAUAGAGUCAUCUUCGCGUGGGACUUCACGACCUGUCUCCUCAGUGUUCAGUGAAAAGUGCAAGCAUCUGAUUCGCCGUUGUCGAGUGUUUUUCGCACAAAGUGUUUGUUAUUGUCCGCGGGCAGCUGGUGCAACAGUGCGUACAGUGUGUGUUAAAAAAAGGCGACGGGUGCUAUAUUGCGUCUGUGUCUAGCAGGGAAAUUACUGAGUGAAAGUGAAACGUGAUAGCGAGUCGUUCACACUGGGAAUAGUGUACAGAGGAAGGCAACAGGUCAUCUUCACUAAGACGCAGAAAAUAUUAACCCCAACUACUUGGCGAACAUAAAACCUUGACAACAAACAAAUUCAAACUACUACCAACGAACAAAAAUUCUAUAGCACAAAAUGUAUUCACAAAAUUCAAAAAAUAUGGUACCACCCCCAGCACCCCCAAAACCCAAUAAGGGAAUUCGAAAUACGACAGUUAAUAGCAACGGUGGAGACAGCCUGAACGUGCAGAAUGGAAAUGGUCGUAGUGAGUGCUACACACCACCAUUACUGGAUCGGGAACAAGUCGUGAUGACACCAAAAGGAAAGACUGCAAAUUCCACAGUUAUCCUUAUUGAGAGGAAACUCGUCGACCAAGUAUCAGAUAGAGUUCAUGUUGCUGGCGGUGACCAUACAGGCAUCAUUAUCAAUAAGGAUACAAAAAAGGAUCCAAAAAGUGCUGAUAAUCCGGCCCAGUUAAGUUUGGAAUUUCGAGUGUUCCUGGUCAGUUCGAAUACUGGAAAUCAUUCACAAGAAUCCCGAACUCUGCGAUUCUGGUUCAGAGAUUGGCUCAAGGAUGAGGAUAAGCAAGCACAUGUCGCACAGGAUUUCUUCAGGGAGUUGGUCAGUCCAAAGGAAUUUCCUAGAGAUUACGUUGGAUUCAUUAAGAAAAUGAUGAAACUUCUUCAGAAAGGAUACGAUGAGAUACAAUCUUUGGAAGUGGAACUGAAGAUUUUAGAAGAAACUUCAGCACCACCAUCAAGACCACCUAGGGAUGGCUACCUAAUAUAUUGUUAUGGGGAUUGUAAUAGGAAAUUCGAAGAUGCGAUCCUAGCGCAAAAGCAAACAGUUUCAAUGGAGGAGUCACAGUUCGAGAUACCGCCACUUACACAGGAAAAAGUACUUGAAUUAAUUGAGCAGGCAUAUCCCAAUCCGGUCACACCAGAGGAUUUGGCAAAGGACAAUGGAUGGAAUGAAGCGGAUGUACUUCAAGUUAUAAUUUCCUUACAAAAUCGAGGACUCAUCAAGUCAAUGGCCUACAAUUCAUACACAAGAAUUCAUCAUGAGGAUAAGGAUAUCAAGGUCGUCCAGCAGAUGCCAACAAUUGCAUCCAACAAACAACCAACCAUUGCGAUAAUAACAGCACAAUAUUGUGAGAAAUUAGCCGUGGAUGCCAUGUUGGAGAACAAGGAGACGUUCGUGCGGUACACCACAGUCGACUCUGAUUCAAGACAAAACACUCUUCGAAAAUCAUCUGAAAAACUUUUGAAUGGAUUAGACAGGAAUUGGCAUAGGAAACGACGAUUUGGGGAAUCAAACGUGUACACUCUGGGUAACAUUGGAGCUCAUCGUAUUGUCAGCACAAAAUUACCGUCCGUUGGAAGUACCCGUGAGGCCAUGACUGCUACCGGGAAUACCACAACUCGUUUGCUAGGAACAUUCCAAAAGGUGGACUAUAUUUUCAUUGUCGGGGUAGCUGGUGGUGUUCCUCACUAUACCGAUUAUAAGAGACACGUCCGAUUGGGUGAUGUAGUUAUCGCCAGUAGUGAGAAGUCAAGGAAUAUCAUUAAUGGAAAUGCCAACCGUAAGAAUGGUCCAUACAUCUAUGUCUAUGGAAACGGCGAAGAAAUCCAAACUUACUACCCCAAGAACGAUUGUCUACAGAGUUUGGCGGAAAGUUUGCGGGCCGAUCCACAAGGGAAGAAACCAUGGGAACACUAUUUGAAGGAAGGCCUUUUGCAUCUCCAAAACCGAACGGAGACCAUAUUUGAUCGCCCUGCACCCAACACCGACAAACUCUACAUGAACAUCGGUAACCACGAAGUUAUAGAAGUUGCCCAUCCCCAACCUACCGAUGCAGUUGAUGGCAUUCCGGCCACUCGAAUCCACUUAGGCCCCAUUGGAUCUGGUCGGGAUUUGAUUCGAUCCGACAACCUCAGAACUGAGUUUGCCAAGAAGCACAACCUUCUGGCUACCGACGUGGAAAUGAGCUCCGUUUUAGACAGUGUCAUUGGCAAUUGCAGAGACAGUUUCAUACUUGUGAAAGGCAUAUCAGACUACAAAGAUGGCACAACAACGAAAAAAUGGCAAAACUUCGCAUCGCUGGCAGCAGCCGCAGUCAUGAAGAGUAUAAUAUGCGCAAUGGAUGCACCAACAAACGUUUAAGCCUGAACAGCUGAACCAUUUUGAAUAGAUUAGGAUUUAUAGUGACUUUAAUUCUUAGGAAAUUCGACCAUAAUUUGUAAUCAAACUUUUUACUCUCGCAAUAAGGUUUACUGCACACAUGGACGUUGCAUUUUUCUAAAUGAAAUGAAUUGUUGAAACACUUUAGCCGAAUUAUGAAAAAAAAUACGUAUAAGAGGAGAAUACACGAUGUAUUUAUUAAAAUGAUUAAGAUUGCAAGGAUGCAUUCAGCUGUUGAGGCGGCUGGUCCCGAAUUAUACCAUAAUAUUUACAUUUUCGCAUUUUUAUCCAAAACUGAAUUAAUGCUUUAUAGAAUAGUCUUUAAGUUUUCUGUAUAUAAUUGACUUUAAUAUUUUUAUGAAAUAACAGAAUUUGUUUAUAUUAUUUAUAUAAUAAAUUAGACUUUACCAAUU